AUGCUGCCUGCUACCAUCAGGGCCGGCGCCCGUCGGCGUGUUUUCCAGGCUCUCUCUCGCGCGCGUGCACCUGCACUGUCCUCGACCCGAUGCCUCAACUGUGCUCUCUCAACCACUCAUUCCCUAACCACCGCUUCCUCGCCUACCUCAGAUAGGACCCGCGAGAUUGUGGCUCAGACUAUUAGCAGCAUUGGCAGUAAGCGUGAGGGCGAACAAUACAUCAAAUUGUUCACCAGCGUCUCCUCCUCCCAACAAUUUGCUGUUAUCAAAGUAGGGGGUGCCAUUCUUCGAGACCACCUAGACGAUCUCUGUGGAAGUCUUUCACUGCUCUUCGAGCUCGGAUUAUGUCCAGCCGUCGUUCAUGGAGGCGGGCCGCAGUUGAAUCACCUGUUAGAGGCUGAGGGGGUGGUUCCUGAAUUCAAAGACGGAAUAAGAGUAACCGAUGCUAAAACCCUUGGUAUUGCGCGAAAGCUCUUUUUGGAAGAGAAUCUACGACUUAUCGAUCGCCUCGACUCCCUCGGCGUUGCGACACGCGCUAUACAAGGGGCGUUCGGGGCAACCUACCUCGAUAAAGAGAAGUGGCAGUAUGUCGGUAAGAUUACCGACGUCAGGAAGCAAGCUAUCGAGAGUAGUAUAUCUGCCGGAUAUAUACCCAUCCUUACUUCAAUGGCUGAAGGGGAUGACGGUUGCCUCUUGAAUGUUAAUGCAGAUGUUGCGGCUGCUGAACUUGCCCGUACUCUCAAGCCCCUCAAAGUUGUCUAUCUAUCUGAAAAAGGAGGCCUUUUCAAUGGCGAUGGCAAGAAGAUCUCUCAGAUUAAUCUUGACGAAGAGUUUGACUAUCUGAUGGCCCAACCCUGGUGCCGUUAUGGUACUCGCCUUAAGAUUAAAGAGAUUAAGGAGCUUCUUGAUGACCUUCCCCGCAGCUCUAGUGUGGCGAUUAUCCACCCAAAGGAUCUUCAAAAAGAGCUUUUUACUGAUUCUGGUGCCGGUACGCUAAUUCGCCGCGGUAAUAAGAUCCAAAAAGUUACCUCCAUUGCCGAAUUCAAUAACAUCGAGAAGCUAAAGACUACCUUAAUCAGUAACUAUAAGGGCCUCGAUGCUGAAGCUGUUGUUAAUCGAUUUAUCGACAUGCUAAAGGAGAAGAAAUUUACUGCUUAUUAUGAUGAUGAUAUGCAGUGUCUGGCUAUAAUAAUACCUCAGGGUGAGAGUCAAGCUAUAGCCACACUUGCCGUUCUAACUACAACUAAGUCUGGCUGGCUUAAUAAUAUUAUGGAAAAUAUCUUUACUGUUAUUAAGAAAGACUACCCUAUGCUAGUCUGGACUGUUAACCAGGAAGAUGAGAACUUGACCUGGUUUUUCGAAAAGGCUGACGGGAGCUUUCUGAAAAAUGGCAGUGUCCUCUUUUACUAUGGCUGUGACUUACGCUCCGAGGCUCUUGUCCCCAUAUAUGAGGACUUUGUAUCCAGUGGACGAGCCAUGCUCGGUAGCGCUAAUCUCGAAAGGCUCCUUCGUUAG